AUGGUUGGACGGUUUCAAAGGUUCACCAUUCAAAAACUAUUGACCCCUCAACAUUUUGCUAUUAAUAUUUUCGACUCAGUUUUUCAUGAGGAAUACGUACAUGCUGGCUCCUGCGGUUGGUCUGGAUUACUCUGUAUAAGGGAAUAUGCGAUGCAACUACGACAGGAGCGUACAGAAGAACGUCGGAAAUUGUUCAAAAUAGCAGAGAAGAGGCAUACCGUAGCUGAAACUCCGCUAUCGAAGUGGAAAAAGAUCCUUCCGGCGUUGCCACAGGUCAAAAUAUCUCAAAAUUCCGAAACAGUUCAAAAGGCAAAUGUACAGAUCUCAAUUGGGAACGUGAGUACAGUAGAAAUAGGUACAGUUGAAAAUAAAGACUUGAUGAAUGACACCGAAGAAUAUUCACGUCAGGAUCAAGUAUUGUCCAAUUGCGACAAUGAGCAACGAGUUGAAGAACAGAAUGGUUUAAUAUCAAACGAUACAUCUUCUAACAGAAGCAAAUUGACAAACGUGGUUGGAUGUUCUUGGGACUCAUCGUCGAAUAAGCAAAGUGUUACCGUACCAGAAAUCCAAGUAAACAAUGAAGAAAAAAUCGUAUCCGACGUUUGCGCAAACAUUGAAUUGGAUGGUGUCCCUGAAAACGGCAAUCAAGAGACAACGUAA